AUGCAUCCCAUACUUGACACUUGACACUAAGCUAAUGCUGAGACUGGUUACCAUAUAUUACCAACACAGACACAGUCAUGGCUUCGCUCCUUUCACUGUUUAUCACCUUCUUCUUCUUCUUCUUCACCACUGAAGCACAAGACACUCCCGUUUAUCUUUACAAAAACUGCUCAACCAACACCACCACCACCAACAGCGCCUACCACCUCCACCUCAGAACCCUCCUCAACUCCCUCUCCUCCAACGCCACCGAAUUCCACAACUCCACCGUUGCCGGAACCUCCCCCUCCGACACCGCCUACGGACUCUUCAUGUGCCGCGGCGACGUCGACCCCGCCAUUUGCCACCAGUGCGUCGUCAACGCCACACACCGCCUGCAAACUGAGUGCUCCCUCUCCAACCAGGCGAUCAUAUGGUACGACGAGUGCACUGUUCGCUACUCCAACCGCUCCUUCUUCUCCACGGUCGAUACCAGACCCCGCCUUGGCCUCCUCAACACCGCCAACAUCUCCAACCAGGAAACCUUCAUGCGGUUGCUCUUCCGAACCAUGAACUCAACCGCUGACGCUGCUUCGAAAUCUUCAAUCGGUGAGAAGAAGUACGCGACGAUGCAAGCCAACAUCUCAGGGUUUCAGUCGCUGUACUGUUUGGCGCAGUGCACGCCGGAUCUCUCGCCGUCGGAUUGCAGAAGGUGCCUCACCGGUGUGAUUGGAGAUCUUCCAUGGUGCUGUCAGGGGAAGCAGGGUGGAAGGGUUCUCUAUCCCAGCUGUAAUAUCAGGUAUGAGCUUUAUCCUUUCUAUCGCACCACUGCUUCCUCGCCACCGCCGCAGCCUCUUCUUCUUCCUCCCAUCACAACUCCAGCAAAUUCGGAAGGAAGCAGUGGCAUCUCAGCAGGGACUAUUGUUGCAAUUGUGGUUCCAAUUACAGUGGCUGUGCUUCUAUUCAUCCUUGGUUAUUGUUUCUUGAUUAAAAGAGCAAAGAAGAAGCGUGAUUCUGUACAUCAAGGAAAGACUGCAUCUGAUAUCACCAAUGUGGAGUCCUUGCAAUUCGAUUUCGGCACAAUUGAAGCCGCCACAAACAAUUUCUCUGCAGAUAACAGACUGGGUGAAGGUGGAUUUGGUGAGGUUUUCAAGGGCACUCUUACAAGUGGAAAAGAAAUAGCUGUUAAGAGACUCUCCAAAAGCUCUGGACAAGGUGCAGAAGAAUUUAAGAAUGAAGUGGUGGUGGUUGCCAAGCUUCAACACAGAAAUUUGGCCAGGCUUCUUGGAUUUUGCUUGCAAGGAGAAGAAAAGAUACUUGUUUAUGAAUAUGUGGCCAACAAAAGUCUUGACUACAUCCUUUUCGAUCCUGAAAAGCAAAGGCAGUUGGAUUGGUCAAGACGUUACAAGAUUAUUAAAGGGAUCGCUCGAGGCAUUCUAUAUCUUCAUGAAGAUUCCAGGCUUAGAAUUAUACAUCGUGAUCUCAAAGCUAGCAACAUAUUGUUGGAUGGAGAUAUGAAUCCAAAAAUCUCAGAUUUUGGCAUGGCAAGAAUAUUCGGAGUUGAUCAAACUCAAGGGAACACCAGCAGAAUUGUAGGGACAUAUGGUUACAUGUCUCCAGAGUAUGCAAUGCAUGGAGAGUUCUCUGUUAAGUCUGAUGUAUACAGUUUCGGAGUCCUCCUUAUGGAGAUCAUAAGUGGCAAGAAGAAUAGCUCUUUCUAUCAAACAGAAGGUGCUGAGGAUCUAUUGAGCUAUGCAUGGAAUCUUUGGAAGAAUGGAGCACCUUUGGAACUGAUGGAUCCUGUUUUAAGGGAAUCUCAUGCUCCAAACGAAGUUAUGAGAAGCAUCCAUAUUGGUUUGCUCUGUGUCCAAGAAGAUCCAGCUGACAGACCCACGAUGGCAAGCAUAGUUCUUAUGCUAGACAGUAACACUGUUACUCUUCCAACUCCAAAGCAGCCUGCAUUUUUCGUUCAUAGUGGAACUGAUUCAAACAUGCAAAAGGAGCUUCAGUUAGAUCAAUCUACAACAAAGUCAAUAACAAUGUCUGUGAAUGAGAUGUCAAUAAGUGAAAUGGACCCUCGAUAAUUAAGCUUGAUUGCUUGGAGAUUUUAAUCAAUGUCAUUUAAAUAUUAUCUUUGUCUACCUAGUUAUAAUGAGUCUUAGUUUCAUAUGACGCAUGUAUUGUAUGUUUGUAUUAUAGUUCUUAUUCUUAUUUUUCAAAGUGAAAUAAUACAGUCUACUUGUAUGUUUGUAUUAUA